AUGGCUCGGCUGGGAACCCAAGUGGCACGGAGAAGAGAGGUAGUUGUGGUCUCCUGGAAACGCCCACCAAGGUCCAGCAUCAAGUUGAACACUGACGCCAGCGUCGUCCUUGACCAGGCGUACGGAGGUGGCUUACUACGGGACUCUGACGGGUGUUUAAUUUUUGCUUUUCAUAAGGAGCUUGGAAAGCUGGUUGUGUUAGAGGCGAAAGGCUUGGCAUUGCUGCACGGACUUCGUUUCUGUGCUGGGGUGGUGACAGGGCCUUUAUUGGUGGAGGUCGAUUCGGAGAGCCUGGUUCGCAUGCUGCAUUCGAGUGGUGUCGCCAAGUGGCCACUCUGCACUACACUAAGGAGAAUAAGAAGCCUGUUGGAUUCACUAUCGGCCUCCAUUUCACACGUGGUACGAGAGGCAAACUCGGCGGCAGAUAAGCUGGCAGGUUUGCGGUCGGAGCUGUACUGCACUUUAUAUUCUCAACUUCCGAGGUCUGUCAGGACGGCGGUCCUCUUAGAUAGCAGGGAGUUUCCCUUUCCACGAUGCCGAAGUGUAGGGGGCUAG